GGGGAAAAAACUCGCAAGAAGACAGUUCCCCAGCUCCCCUUUGGCCCUUCCCCAUUAUCGCACUGUCGCACAGCGCACAGCACAGCUAUAGCCUAGCUGACGCACCACCUCUUUCUCCUUGCAUUAUCGGCAUCAGCCAGCACCUCCUUCAGUGUUGCCAGCAUCGCUUCCUUCACGGCUACACCGCACACCCUCCUCUCACCCAAGCUCCCUGACCAGUUGUGUGAUUCCUCACACGGCCAGCCUCCCAGUCUAGCAGUGCCGUGCUUCCUCCUGCGGCAGUCUCCAGACCAGCUGCGCACCUUUACGCAGAGACAUGGCCACCAGAGUGAUAUCAUCUGUGGCGAGCACCACCAACUCAUCCUUUCUCUUCGGAAGAUCGCUCUGUGGGAAGCAGGGUUUGCAGACUCUCACUCUCUGCUUCAACACUAGAGUACCCUCCACUGGGAGACUGUUCACUUGCGCCGCCAUUCACAAUCCCCAGUUUCGAACCACAGAGGAAGGCCGCCCUGAAACAAUAGACUAUCGUGUCUUCUUCACCGACAAUUCUGGGAAAAAGUUGUCCCCUUGGCACGAUAUACCAUUGCAUUUGGGUGAUGGUGUAUUUAAUUUUAUUGUUGAAAUACCCAAAGAAUCGAGCGCAAAGAUGGAAGUUGCUACUGAUGAACCAUACACUCCUAUAAAGCAAGAUAUAAAAAAGGGAAAACUUCGAUAUUACCCCUACAAUAUAAAUUGGAACUAUGGAUUACUUCCACAAACAUGGGAAGAUCCAUCUUUCGCAAACUCAGAAGUUGAAGGGGCAUUAGGAGAUAAUGAUCCUGUUGAUGUUGUUGAGAUUGGUGAAAGUCGAGGGAAGAUUGGUCAGGUCCUUAAGGUCAAGCCCGUAGCUGCUUUAGCUAUGAUUGAUGAGGGGGAGCUUGACUGGAAAAUAGUUGCAAUUUCAGUGGAUGAUCCAAGAGCUUCUCUAGUGAAUGAUGUUGAUGAUGUUGAGAAGCACUUCCCGGGCACUCUCACCACAAUUAGGGACUGGUUUAGGGACUACAAGAUUCCUGAUGGAAAACCUGCUAAUAAGUUUGGUCUUGGCAACAAGGCAGCAAGCAAGGAUUAUGCUCUUAAAGUCAUCACUGAGACAAACGAAUCCUGGGCUAAACUAGUUAAGAGAUCCAUUCCUUCUGGCGAGCUCUCCCUUGUGUAAUUUCUGUUCGUAGAUUUGUGGAGUUGGGUCUGCAGCAGACUACCACAACUAAGAUUGCUGCUGCUGCUGGAGCUCUUGGCAACAUAUGGUACCUUUUUUUUGGCAGUGAUGCAGAUGGUAAUAUUUAUUUGUUGAUGUGAAAGAAAGAUUUUUUUUUUUUGAGCAGGAAAAUGUUUCCUCUCUUCCCUUGGUUUUUAUUACACUAUCCCAUUUCAUUGAAUUGUAAUGCAGAUGUCAAAGUGUGACUCUGCAGGGAAUAAUCUCAGAUGUGUAUUUUUACUUAAAAUAUGAUACCAUCCCUUGUUUUGUUAAAAAGGGGAAAUGGACUAGGAAACUCCUCCCAUCAAAGUGUGACUCUGCAGGGAAUAAUCUCAGAUGUGUAUUUUUACUUAAAAUAUGAUACCAUCCCUUGUUUUGUUAAAAA